GGAGAAUUUGCUGAAAAUGUUGAGUUUGGAAGUAUUGUUUUGAAACCAUGGAUGAUAUUUACUGAUAAAGCACAUUUCCUAUCUGUUCUAAGAGAUUAUUGUAUACAAUCUGGGUUUGCCAUUGUAGUGGAUAGAUCUAGUCCAGCUAGAUUCACUGCUCAGUGCUUGGAAUUGAACUGUAAUUGGAGGAUACAUUCAAGUGUACUCCCUGAUGGCACUACUUGAGCCAUAAAGAGUAUAAAAGAUCAAGAGCACAAUUGUAGGGGUUUGGAUGAGAGGAAUCCUUUAGUUAAUGUGAAAUGGGCUGCAAGUAAGCUAAUUGAUGAUAUAAGGGAAAACAAUGAUAUAACUGGGAAAACUUUGAAUGACUUGUUGUGGACCAGGUAUGGGGUGCAGAUGGCCACUAGUACUCUCUAUAAAAUGAGGAGUAUUGCUCUUAGGGAGAUCAAUGGUGGGCAUGAUGAGUCUUAUGGCCAUCUUCCUAGGUACUGUGAAAUGGUUAAGCAAACUAAUCCUGGUUCAGCAGCUAAUUGUGCAUGGAGAAAGAAUGAUCCCCAACUGUCACUCACUUUCUCUAGCAUUUUCAUAUCAUUCAAGGGAGCAAUAGAUGGGCUUGGUGCAGGUUGUAGAAGUUUGAUUGGGGUUGAUGGUGCUCACUUGAAAGGGAACUAUGGAGGGGUUUUGCUAUCUGCAGUGGCUAUAGAUGCAAAUAAUGAGCUACAUCCAUUUGCAUGGGCUAUAGUUUCAGUUGAAGAUGGGGAGAACUGGAAGUUUUUCAUUUGGCAUUUGAAGCAAAUCUUGAAAGACUUAAAUAGAGGGGAUGAUUGGUGCAUUAUAUCUGACAGGCAAAAGGGAAUAGAUCUUGCUUUAACUGAGCUAUAGCCAAAAGUAGGGAGGAGGUAUUGCUGCAAGCACUUAGCUAAAAACUGGAAAUCAGCUUUUCCAGGACCCUUGAUGCACUCCUUAUUUUGGUUGGCAUGUAGUGCUACUUCAACAUUCACCUUUAAAAAGGCUAUGGAAAGAAUUCAGAAGACAAACCACUUGGCACUAAUAUGGUUAGCUAAUCUAGGAGAUCAAGAGAGGUGGUCAAGACACAAGUUUGACCCAAAGAUAUGCACAGAUGAGAAUAAAACAAACUUUGUGGAGAGUUUCAAUGCCACUUUAGGAGUGGACAGAUGCAGACCUGUUCUGACUCUUUUGGAAGGUAAAAAUUUAUGUCUUUCUUAAUCUUUAUAAUUAUUUUUGUAAAUAUAACUUGGUUCUUAUGUUGAAUUUUAUGCUUGGUUAUAUGUGGUUUUUGCAGGCAUACGAAGAAUGUGUAUGGUAAGGAUGUCAAGUAGAAGACAGAAAUGUAAAGAUUGGAAUGAUUCUGAUCCAUGUCCUACCAUUGUAAGGAGAAUCCAAAUGCUGAUCAAUGCUUCUAGAACUUGCAAGGCAUUCCAGAAUAAAGAGGGAGAAUAUGAAAUAAGAGAGGGUAAGUCAAUGCUCCCGGUGUCACUCAAUAAUAAAAGUUGUAUAUGUGGGGCUUGGCAAAUUUCAGGCAUCCCUUGUAGGCAUGCAUUAAGGGCUAUACUAGCUGCAAGACAUGAUCCUCAUAAGUAUGUUAGCACAUGGUACUCAGUUGCAGCCUACAAACAAUGUUAUUCACAUGCCAUCAACUCAAUUCCAGACAUUGAGCAUUGGCCAGAAAUUGACCAGCCAACAAUUCAAGCUCCUACAAUGAGGAGAGGAAUAGGAAGACCAUCAAGACAGAGAAGAAGAGCUGAUGAUGAACCAGAUAAAGAAAAAAGGUCAACCACAGUCAAAUGCUCACUCUGUAAAUCAUAUGGCCAUAACAAGCAAACAUGCAAAGGUGGUAUGACGACAAAGGAGAAAGCAUCACACGGUACCGAGAAAAAACAAAAGACAACUGCUGCUACCUCUGCAUCCCAGCCAACCACUGCUAAUGUUACACGAAGCUUAACUAUAUCUUCUUCCCAACCAGAGCCAGUUUCUCAGCUAUCUCAGUCCAAGCCAAGGAACAGCAACAAAGGGAAAGAGAAAAUGUAGCCUGGGGUCUGUUUUUUUCAACAUGAGUAUCUUUUAUUUAGUAGUAAAUAAAGGUCAACUUAUGUACUAGAUUUGAUGUUUUUUUUUUUCUUUUUUUUCUGAAACAUUUUUUUUUAUGCAUCAAUUGGCAUUUGUCAGACUGCUGCUAUCUACUUUUAAUCUUGUGUUGCUUUGAUUCCUGAACUUCUACAUACAUUCACUUUAGUGAUAGUCCAGCCAGAUCUGCUGCUGUAUACAUGUGACUACCUUCCAGCUAAAUGGCUUUAAUGCAAUUAAAUGCAAAAGAUGGCUUUCCUUAUGCAGUAAGAUCAGUAAACUU